AUGGCGUCGGUGGCCGAUCGCAUCUAUUUUCCCUCCCUGGAGCAAUGUCUGACCGGGGAGCGGGUGCUUCUCUCUUGGAAGCUCAUCGCCACUGCGCUUUCCGAUAGCUCUGGCCAGCGAACAGCCAGCUCGGCCGUUAUUCAGUUUUUGAGCGACGAUUAUGUCCACCGCCUCCUGGACGAUCCAGCCAGCACCUUUGCACCGCCGAACGAUGCCACCAACAAAGAUUUCGACACCAAGACUGCACCGAUCCAUGUGCCUGCGAGCCCGGACGGCCGAUUCGACAUCGAUUCGAUCAAGAAGGAUGCAACAUGGCUCAGCAAGAAUGCCAAGAUCAACCUGGUCGCGGCCCUGCGCAUAGUUGUUGUCGAGUACCAGUCCCGUCCUGCUAGCCACCUUAUGGGACCGCUUUCAUCUCAGGAUGCUACAAAUCUGCAAGAGGCUGCUGGACUUUAUAAUGGCCAAGGAUCAGCAUUUUUGUUGGAUUUGGGCUCAGCGUCUGCCCUGGACGCCGAUGAGAUCUGGACUGAGUUUGAGAAACCCGAGACGAGGCAGCGACGGCUGUUUAACAUCUAUCUCUCCGAGCGCCGGUAUUUCAUGAUGUCUGCGGAUUACGCCAACUCGAUCAAGUUGUACGAACGGUUGCCGACAUUUGCCAAUGUUAACCUUGACUUGGCCAAAACCUUUCGACUCAAGUUGCCUGCGCGAGACGAUGCGGAACCACUAUUGCCGACGUACCUUCAAGUCUUGACGGAUGCGAUGAAGCUCAUUGAGUCUGGACUGAGUUCUGUGACGGACGAGAAAUGGGUGACCGAAGACGUGGAAUUGGACUGGCUGAGGACUCUUCUCACUGAGGCUGUCCACGCCCUGUCUGUGGUCUUUCAAAUCGUCGACAGCUUUGACGGCGACUUUGCGCCAUCCAGCGCGGUUAACCAAUGGUUCACUUUGAUGGAGGUCUAUCGGUUUUUUGACGCCGUCCAACCGAUACACGAGAGCAUCGCCCCCUUGGUGUUGCCCCUCAAGACACUAUCAGUUGCUGUGUCCCUAAUCUUGCUCAAGCCCGCCAGAUCUUUGACUUACCUUUCCGAGAGAGAGGAGGAUGCUACUCAAGCCGACACCACCUAUGACACAUAUCUGCUCUCCUCCGAUGUUCUCGAGCAAGUUCACAAGAGUGUCAUGAAUGCAGCUGAAGCCGAUUGUGAGAGCGCCUCACCUGUUAUUUUCGCUUGGACCCUCCUUUUGCACCGCAUGAAUGUCUCCUACCAGAGCAGGACAGAGAAGCGGGACAAUCUCCUCCAACAAAAUGCCCGAGAAACCUUUGAGGCUGGUGGUGUCAUUCGCCCAAUUGCAAGGCGCAAUUCGGCGGGCAGCAUCUUCUCAAUCGAGUCGUCCAAGUUUGACAGCUUUCUUGAAAAUUCAACCUCCUCCAAGGAUCUGGUUGUGGUUGAGCAGCUUGCAUCGGCUGUUACAGCUCGAGGCCGUGUCUUUGAUGUCAUCUCAACCAUGACUUCAGGCUUGGGCCCUUCAGACGACGGCAGCAUGACACCUUUGCUCAGCUCUCGCAUUCGAAAUGUUUUUUUGGAGCUUCUGAAAGUAUCAUACCCCGUCAUUGGCUACCAGUCUGAGCCUGUGAGCUCGUUGCUCUCCGUGCUUGGCGCCGGCCGCAGUUAUUGGGAUCUUUCAAACCACGAGAACCUCUCGGAAAAGCAAGAUAUACUUGCAUCGAUGCUCAACGACGACCUUGCGCUCGAGUUCUUCUUCCAGCAAGCACUCGACAGAUACCCCUACGAAUUCCUCCCCUUCAUUACCCUCUGCCGAACAUUGGCCAGCGCCACCAGUCUUCAAGAUAGUGAGCGAUCUCAGCUGAUUCUCAACCUUCUCCGUGUCACCCCGACUCUCACAUUCGUACUCCCCGAAACCUUCCAGGAAUAUGAGCUGGUGCAAGAAGACGAGAAUACCAAUGCUUUCUGCCUGCUCCAGGACAUUCCCCUCAUCUCUCUAUCGCCGUCUUGGCGAGGAAGACGGAUCGAGGAUGACGCAUACCGGAUACCCGCAGGUACCUAUGGACGAUUUGUUACUGACACUGGCCGAGUUGUCUCGAUGGAGUACCCUCACUCGACUAUUUCACUCUUGGGCCGACGGCUUGAGAUUAGCCUCAUGAAAGAGGGCUAUCAAUCUGAACUUGGCAUGCUCCAGCCGGAUGAAACCGCCGAGGUCAUUGCUCUGUUCGCAACUCUCAUCCGAAUGGAUUACUUGAAUGCCACAAGGGAAGGUUCUACUGAGGCCCUGGUGUCUUCUGAGAACGACAUCCUGCUCGAAGCAAAGAAGCACAUCGAUGCAGGAAGUGGCAGAGACCUCCUGACGGUCGUGUGCGAAACGAUGGACUACUACAUGCAGGUCGACUUGGCGGAGAGUGAGGAUGUAGUUGUGGCCAUCCUCAAUUCCUGCAUCCAAUUCCUGGACGCCAUUCUGCCCAUCUAUCCCAGUCGAGUAUGGUCUUACCUUUCCCGGUGCGAGUUGCUGAGCUCCGAAUCUAGAGCUGGCAAGCUCACCAAGAUCAUCGGAAGCCUGGAUCUCGUUCAGGAGAGGUUUGACUUCCUGUCAUCCUGCCUUCGACUGUUCUCUAAUAUGAUCGACACUGCAUUGACAUCGGCUAUUCAACGCCGAGCUGGCAUCCAGAAGACGGACUUCAACCCCUGGCUUGGCACUGCUGACAAGGUCCUGUCCAAGGUUAGCUAUUCGAUCGCCCAGGCAGGAGUUGACAUCUUUGAGAACACAUCUACUUGGAGAUUCGCCUCUGACGCUUGCCGCUCCUCGAUUCUCCGAGAUGUUGUGCCUGUGCUACACAAGGUGAUCCUGCACAGCUAUAGCCUUGGCGAUUCUUCGAGCUCCGAGAACCUAACUUCUUGCCUCCGACCUGCUGCUACCUAUGUUCUGGAUUCAUUCAUCUCCCCGUCCACAGGGUCUUUGAGGUUCCAGCCUCUACUCUCAUCUCUCGUUGCGGCCUUCACGUCGACUGAUAGCACGCUUUAUCCCAGACGUACGGACAUGAUCCAGUCUCAACUCAGCUCCGUUUUGGAAUUCUCGGCAACACUCUUGCGGGUUGCCAACUAUCUUGAACAGUCAUCGAGCAUGAUCGAGUCUUACCUCUUUAAGAGUUCUACCCUGCUUGCGCGCCUAUGCGCAGCAUCCGAUCAUUUCCGACGACCGACUAUGUGGCUGCUGGAGUCCCUGGUGGUGAACGCAGGCAAGGCAUCAAACGAGCCCCCGUCGCUGCUCGGAUAUCUUGGUCCCCAAAUCUCCAAGUCAUUCUUGCAGCUUCUUGCGACUUUGGGCAAGCCAUUUGAGUUGACCAAAGACGUGAAAGCUACCUGGAAAUUCUUUUCGGCUAUCUUGAGAAAUCGACAACAGUGGAUGUCUAACUGUCUUCUCACGGGUCAGACGCCGAGAGAGGCAAUGAAAAAGGACAACAAGAAGACGGAGAUCUCCUCCGACUCUGUGUUUGCGACAGCACUUGCACGGCUUGGAAAAUUAAAAGAGCUCGACGUGAACGAAUCCAUCGUCGUCCUCGACUUUGUGGCUUCGGCUCAGAACUUCUGGCCCUGGACCGUUUUCACACUCCAAAAGGACACGGCCUAUCUGGAUGGCCUGCGAGCCUAUGUUCGCGACCUGAAGCCAUCGAGCAUCACCGUCAAGACGGAUGCCGUCCUUGCUAGCUUCGAGGCAAGAUUGGCCGCCUACAUUGCCGAGACUUUUGCCAUGCAGCUUUACCAUUCGCGCCACCUGGGCAAUUCUGGCGCCCUGGCAAAGAGUCUGGUUAGCGAUCUCGACUAUUACCUACGCGACGGAGUUGAAGUUGCCGGCUACAACAAGUCUCUCCACAACAACUUUGCCAAGAACUUCUCCAACAAAUACUCUGGCUGCCCAGUGGCCGACUUUAAGCGAACCUCGCUGGAGCCGCGAGAGCUGGGCAAGAGCUACUAUUACGACCUGGAGCGUGCCGAUGAGAUGCUCAGGUUUGAUCCUGGCUGGAAGGGCCGCAAAGACGAUGGCUUCAAGGCGGAGAUGGAGCGUGCAAACACAAACCUGUCACUAGUCGACGCUCAACUUGCCCUUUUCCAUGCCUGGGAAUUCCUUCUUGUGGAGCUUAGCACAUGCCUUCCUGACAAUGACAUGGUUGCGAAACAGAUGCUGCAGGUUGCACAGCAAUGCCUGAAUGCGAACCAAGGGAUCCCUGGACCCGAAAGCAUCUUUCUCAAGCUUGUCGAGUCCCGUGCCAACCUUGCGCUGGUUCUGAUCCAGCGUCUUGUCAAGUCUUCCAUACCAGUCAAGGACAUUAAUCAGCUUCUAUCGACUCUAGUUGGCACAGUCAACGGAGUUGAAGAACCUUUUGGGCCGGACUCUAUUUCAUACUACCGGACCUUGCUGAAGGCGCUCUUUGUCACACUCCGUGCUUAUCAUACCUCGGGAACCAAGGGGGGUGACACUCACGAUGCGUUUGAGGGAACUACGGUGGCUGUAAUGCAAACUGUCCUGAACAUCCUCGACCGUGUUGUUGGAAGGGGCUUCCGCGCAUUGGUCAGCCUGAUCCACGACAACGAGGCGACGGUGGCACCCGAAGACCUUGCUCUGUUGACGGCUAUCCUGCAAGCUUGCCUGAGUCUGCCGAACAUGGACCAAUCGCAAACCCAGGUUCUCAACAUCAUGUCGGAGCACCGGGCUCUCCACGCCGCCACAUCUUUGUAUUCGUGGGCGGAUAGAUUGGCAGACCAAGGCGACCCCAUCUAUGGCGAGCUCAGCAUGAUCUUCCUCCUCGAGCUUUCAGCCCUGCCAUUGAUUGCUGAGCAGAUGGCGUGUGACGGAAUUCUGAGCAACAUCCUUUCAGCCAACUUGACCAAGUUCAUGCUGAAAUCCAACCUCUCCCCUUACUCGGAUUCUCCUGUGGUACAACGCUGCUUCGGCAUCUGGUCCAAGGGACUUUUGCCCUUGAUGCUGAACUUGCUGACGGCUUUGGGCGCUACAGUCGCUCCCGAAAUCGUAUAUGUGCUCAACCAGUUCCCUCAUCUGCUGGAGUCAAGCGUGGACCGCUUUGAGGCGCCUGGUGCGAGCCGUACACAAUCCAGAGCAUCACCGCAUUACCUGACGCUGGUGGCUAUCUCGGAAGUGCACUCGUUGGCACUUCUUACUAAGGUGCUUGCUGCUCUCCGGGUCAACAAUAACCGCGACAUUCCCGAUGUUGAGUGGGAUUCAGCUACUCUGUUGGAAAACGUGGACUUUUGGCUCAGCACAAAGAAACUCUUGAAGGAGAGACUCAUGCCAUUGGGCCAGCGAGAGAUUGAUUGGCGUGGCAUGAAGUCGAUCACGGGCACAUACGACAGUCUCUUGGAGGAGAAGGCAGUGGCUCAGCUAGAUGCUAUCCGAGACGUGCUCAGCGAUGAAGCAGAGGGUUGA